GAUCGCUGGCACGAGGGGUUAUUCAGAAUUAAUUCUCAUGUCAGCAGAAAACUCAACCAUCACAGUUCGCCUUGUUCGCUCUUUUGAACACCGGAAUUUCAGACCUGUGGUGUAUCAUGGAGUCAACUUGGACCAGACAGUAAAGCAGUUCAUUACUUUUGUGCAGAAGGAUGUGCCUUCAAGAACAGGACUUCCUCCUCCUUUCAAAAAUUACAAGUAUGAUACAAUGAAGAUUAUUCACCAAGCACACAAAUCUAAGACUGGCGAACUCGUAGUGGGUUUGGAGGAUGAUGACAAACUGAUUUUGAAAGAAGACAGUACCCUGAAAGCAGCUGGAGUAGCAAAUGAGACUGAAUUAGCAUUCUUCUGUGAGGAAGAUUACAGAAACUACAAAGCUAAUCCUGUUUCAGCCUGGUGA